CCUCCUUUUGAUGCACAAGGCCUUGUACAAGUUGAGAUCUUCUGCACCUUCUACUUGCGGAGGUGGAACUGUUGAUUUUGUCAAUGGUUUCAGUGAAGAGCACACUUUGUAUUACGAAAAUGUGGAAGAAAGGGAAGACGCUGGAACUCCACCAAUCGUCCAGAAGAUAAGAGCAGCACUUGCUUUCUGGGUGAAGGACUUCAUUGGAUACAAUGUGAUUGAAAACCAGGAGCAUCUCUACAUAAAUGCAGCACUGAAGAGGCUCCUUCCCAACCCAAACAUAUUGGUGUUAGGGAAUACGAGUGCACCCAGACAAGCUCUAUACACUCUUUUGUGAUUUACUC